AUGGCGCCAAACAUCGUCGUCUCCCGCCCAACGUUCCCAACCUACCUACUCCCCUCUUUCAACCUCCCAUUCCGCCGCCGCCCAUCCUCACCACCACCACCACCAACGACGACGGCGACAACAACCCCAACGCCAGAAGCAAGCCAGAUCCCCUCCCUCUCCUCCUCGCCGACAUCCUCGACAACAGACGAGGCCCCGACGCCUCCAAACAGCCCUCCCCCGCCGCCCUACCAAGACACCAUCACAACCUCAUCGCCCGCCUCCCCCGCCGACACCAAACUCCCGCCCUCCCGCCUGCGCCCCCGCCGACAAACACGCACCAAACCCGCCGCCCUCACCAUCACCCGCACCCAGCCCGACACGCUGCGCUGCUCAACCUGCUCCAGCGACAUUGCCUUCGCCUCCCAGAUCGUCUCCAAGGGCUUCACCGGCCGCUACGGCCGCGCCUACCUCGUCUCCCCCACGGCCCUGCCCACGCCCGCCUCGCCCGCUUCCACCAGGAACUCCGGCCCUGCGGGGCCCGGCACCCUCGCCAACGUGCGCAUCGGCAAGUGCGAGAACCGCCAGCUCGUCACGGGCUGGCACGUCGUCGCCGACAUCACGUGCCUGCUGUGCAGCGCCAAGCUCGGCUGGAAGUACGUCGACGCCAAGGAGCUCAGCCAGAAGUACAAGGUCGGCAAGUUCAUCCUCGAGGUCGAGCGGGUGGUGCCGUUCCGCAGCUGGGAGGACGUUUCCCCGGGGCAGGGGGGUUACCACGAUGAAGACGAGGAGGGGGUGUAUGACGAGAGCGAGAGUGACGAGGAUGAGGUGAUGGGAGGCACCAAGGACAAGGCGGUCGCCGGGGAAGCGGGGCGCGAAGGCGAGAGCGGAGAGGGGUCCGCGGGGGAGGACUCCUCCGGGACCGAGGAGGAGAUUGAGUUGGACUCGGAGGACGAGGAUGAUCUUGAAGACAUGUUCUCCGGGACGUGGGACCCGGAGGUGGUGGCGAAGAGGCGGAGCCGCAGGGUGACGGCCGCCGCCCGGAAGAAGUAG